AUGGCCUGGGUUUCUCGCAGCCAUGCUUUGGCACUCCAAAAGCCCCCCUUGUCAUCAAAGUAUAAGCUGAACGCAGUCGCCACGAGCAGUAAGGAUACUGCGGUCGUCUCCGCCGAGAGAUGGGGAGUUUCGUCUACCAAAGCCUACACGGCAGCUUCUCAAUUAGCGAAUGACCCAGAGGUUGACCUUGUAGUGGUGGGCGUGAAGUUGCCACUUCAUUACGAGUUGGCCCUCCCCUUGUUGGAGGCCGGAAAGGAUGUCUUUGUCGAGUGGCCACUAGCGACCACACUCGACCAAGUGACUGAACUGCAGGCUGCAGCUCGCAGAGGCGGUGGUCGAACGAUUGUCGGGCUUCAGGCUCGGGCUUCGCCUGCGAUUCUAACGGCAAAAGAAAUAUUAGACUCCCGGGCCCUUGGGAAGAUCGUUGCAACCACGGUCGUCGGGUGGGACAACAGCCUGCUUUACCUGCCACCUCGCUUCGACUACGAGCACGAGGCAGCGAACCGUGCUGACAUCUCGACUAUCACCUCUGGCCACGUGCUGGAUGCGUUGUGCUUCCUCCUCGGAGAGUUCGAGAGUCUGUCAUCCACAAUAAAUUGCUUUUUCCCUAGCAUCAGGACACCUCAUCAUAAUGGCGCAGUCAAACGAGACGCUCCGGAUUCAAUUCUCGUGCACGGCACACUGAAGAGUGGUGCUGUGGCUAGUUUGAGUAUGGUAUUAACGCCUCCUGGCCUGCCUUCGUCGUUUACCUUGACCAUAGCAGGAGAGAAAGGGGCCUUGAAAUUUGAAUCCAACAACAUUAACAUUCAAAUCUUUCCGCCAAAGCUCUACAUGCACACGACCACAGGUGGCUCUGAUACUGCUUCUGAGUGGAAAGAAGUGCUAGUCCCAGAGCCACUUCAUUUCGGACAGGUUGGGGAGCUCUAUCAGGCCUUUGCGGAAGGCGAGAAGGCUCCCGGGACACUUACCAACUUUGACGGAGCAGCCUUGAGACAUAGAAUGCUCGAGGCCUGCUUGACAAGCUCAAAGACCGGAAUGCGGCAGAGGUAUAUCUAA